GUUUCGGUUUUGUUCAUACCAGAGCAGUCUUAUUCGACACAUCCCAUCUUCAAUAUCACUUACGCUUACCAUGGAUUUUGGAGGAGACUUGUUAGGCUAUUUUGGUCGAAACAUCAUCCAUGAUCAUGAUAGUGUUCUUCUCAAAAAGCUUCCUACCCCGCAUCUACCGACAUUAUCGAAGCUUCCUCUCUCUCUGGAUGGCGCUCUUGAUAAGAGCAACAAUACGGUUGGGAUUUUAGGGGCAGGAGUUGGUGGUCUAUACACCGCCCUCAUGCUAGAUUCACUGGGCAUCAACUACGAAAUCUUGGAGGCGUCGGACCGCACCGGUGGCCGCCUCUUCACCUACAAGUUCCAGGAUGGCGGGGAAUAUGACUACUACGAUGUUGGUGCCAUGAGGUUCCCCCUGCCGCAGAAAGACAAGGACGGCAAUUACAAGACCGGUAUCAUGAAGCGCUUGGGCGACUUGAUCAACUAUUCAAAGCUCAACGAAGGUU